AUGCAAGCCCCGGAGGAGCAUGAGGAGCAUGAGGAGCAUGAGGAGCAUGAGGAGCAGGAGGAGCAUGAGGAGCAUGAGGAGGAGCAGGAGGAGCAAGAGGAGCAAGAGGAGCAAGAGGAGCAAGAGGAGCAUGAGAAGCAUGAGGAGCAGGAGGAGCAAGAGGAGCAGGAGGAGCAGGAGGAGCAAGAGGAGCAAGAGGAGCAGGAGGAGCAGAAAGAGCAGGAGGAACAGGAGGAGCAAGAGGAACAGGAGGAGCAGGAGGAACAGGAGGAGCAAGAGGAGCAAGAGGAACAGGAGGAGCAGGAGGAGCAAGAGGAGCAGGAGGAGCAGGAGGAGCAAGAGGAGCAGGAUCAGGGUCCAGACCAAAGCACAGAGCAGAGGAAGGGAAACUGGAGCACCCAGAGGAAACCUACCUUCUGCUCCUAUUGCUCCUCCUGCUCCUUCUGCUCCUAUUGCUCCUCCUGCUCCUCCUGCUUCUCUUGCUCCUCCUGCUCCUCUUGCUCCUCCUACUCCUCCUGCUUCUCUUGCUCCUCCUGCUCCUCUUGCUCCUCCUACUCCUCCUGCUUCUCUUGCUCCUCCUGCUCCUCUUGCUCCUCCUACUCCUCCUGCUUCUCUUGCUCCUCCUGCUCCUCCUACUCAUCCUGCUCCUCCUAUUCCUCCUGCUCCUCUUGCUCCUCCUACUCCUCCUGCUUCUCUUGCUCCUCCUGCUCCUCUUGCUCCUCCUACUCCUCCUGCUUCUCUUGCUCCUCCUGCUCCUCCUACUCAUCCUGCUCCUCCUAUUCCUCCUGCUCCUCUUGA